AUGAAUUGCCAGAUGGAAUGUUUGUACGAGACUUUAUUUGUCGGUAGAACGAAAUUCUCCAUGGAAAACUCGUCGUUCCGUUCAGCGGCGUCAUUGCUUGCCCUUGCAAUGUUGCUUUACGGAAACAAACUCUUGGUUUCUGCUUCAUCAAUAUCCGCAACGUCGAGCUAUCAAUCCGUCCGUGAUUUAGACCAGUACGGAAACGCCGUUCAACUCAAGCAUGCUCAAGCCGCAGCAGAUACUCAAGGGAACCUUGUAGUUAUUUUGGAUCGCAACAGCAGUCACUGGGUUGUUUCGAUCGAUGCUGCAUUUGGUCGGCGCAAAAAUCAAAGGAUGGCUCCGAAAUUGGUUCAUUUUUUGUACACUCCGCAAGAUAAUCAUUAUGAAGCGAUCAUUUGCUCUGGAAUUCAAGCCGAUGCGUCUUGGCUUACACGGCAAUUGCAAAUGUACAUCAAGAAUCGCUGGGAGCGCUACAGUCAAUACCACGGUACUGGGACGGCCCAGGCCAUUGCGCAAUACAAAAGGGCAUUUUGGGGCUACGACGUGGACGACAUGUAUCAAGGACCGGCAUAUACGGCUACCGAAGAUCGCUGGUCUCGGCCACUGGGCAUACGAACCGCAGUUUUAUCGCAAUUUUCUCCACGAUUGCAAGUUGUAGAGCCGAGUGGUGUAGUACACAGGGUCCAAUCGCUCGCGUGUCUGGGCAAGAAUGGCGUUCAAAUCCAGACGGCUUUAGAGACGCGUCUGCAAAAUAUGCAAAAAGCCGUGGACAGUGAUACUGUUGUCGUGUGUGAUGACGAAGAGCUGCAGCGAGCAAUAGUUGAAGUACUGUCAUCAACGCUGGGCUGCUCGCCGAGCGAUGUCCAAAUUCACGUAGUCUCACCGGAUGGUGUUCAACAGCUAACAGUAAAAGGAGGAAGCAGCCGAUGA